AUGCCUCCCCACCGCCGAAGCCGCCGCCUCCGCGGUCAAGAGCCUGGUGAAGAAUGCUCCCGCUCGUCGUGCCGAGAAGACAAGGAGCGUGAGGCUGCACAGACGCAGUCUGAGGCAUUAGUUCAGGUGUCGGAACUAUCCUCGCCUCCUGUGUCAUGCAUAUGGGAGCGCCUGUGGCGUGAUUGGGGACGCCGAUUUUGUAUCAGGCUCGAUCGUCAGGGAUGUUUCCAUACAUAUCCUGAUGUGGGUGGGCCAUUUCAGAGCUUGCCGGAAACCUACGAGGCUAUUGAUCGCUAUCUCGAGGACCUCCGGGAUCCGAAGAUGUGUGCGGAGGAAGAUAAGGCUAUAAUACGACGUCUUUACUGGCCUGAUGGCACAAUCAAGAGGCGUACAAGAGGACCUGUAACUGAGAAAUCCGAAAUGUGUCAAAUGGUUCAAGCUUUAGUGGACAAGUAUAAUGAGGAUCAUAAUCUUUUGGAGGGUCUUGCACACGAACUCAAAGACGUUUUACACUACAACUCAAUUUGUGAGAAGCAGAAAUGGUACUAUCAUCUCAAUUUCACUACAAAGAUUAAAGGGGCUGGUCCAAAUGAAUGUAACCUGGACAAUCUUUUCUUUGUGGAAGUGAAAUGUAUGCCACAAGCAAAGUUUACAGAACUGCUGGCUAACUGUUUCUGCAGAGUUAAUCUGAAUGACAAUGGUCAAUGCUAUGGUUGCACCAGAGAUGGAGAUGUUGGUAUGAAGCACCCUAGCAGUUCUGUUGGAUACACUGCUGGUCACUUGAAUGUGGGUUUGCCAUCUGGAUACUUUGGAAAGUGGAAGAGGGACUAUGAGGAUGAGGAGGAUGAUGAUAAAUAUGUGAAAGCUAGGGAAGCUGAGCUAAGGCAGAUGUUCAAGGGCCUUGAUAAGCCAGGUGUCUUGAAGAAACUUAUCACGCCCCCUCCGUGGGCAACUAAACGAAAAGAACUCAGCUUGUUAGUUCAUGUUGUUAAGACACUGAAGAAGAAAGCAUAUUUGACUGGCACUGAGAAACCAUUUGAGUCGAGGUUGAGCUAUUUGUAG